UGUAAGCAGGGUGCCCGGUGCUUACCCCACUGCUCUCCCCUCUCCCAAAAUGUUGUCGUGGGGGCCCGAGGUGGAACAGUGAGGGACCAUCCCUGUCGUGGCUGACGCUGAAGAUUGAAAUACAAACGGUGAUACUGGCACCCUAAUGGCAGCCUGCCCGCUCCGUCUCAGGGAGCUGCUGCCGAUGACCUUGGACACAGUGGGAAGGAGAGCGCGUUGACCGGCCCCCUGUGGAGGAAUGUGGCUAAGCUUUGGUGACUGGUGGAUCCGCUCAGUGUGACCAGGCAAAUAGACUGGGGGGCUUUUUGCUCACUGUUACAUUUACUGUGCUUUAUUCGUGGAACGUCAGCCGGCCCUAGUUGGGUGUGCAGUCUCUCAGCUCUCCAUGGAACUGCAGCAGGACUCCAGUCAUACCAUGUGGGGUCUGAAUGCCCGCUUGAAGGGCUUCCUGGAGCAGGUGACCAAGCUGCAGGAGGCCAACCAGCAGCUGGAGGCUCAGAUAGCCAACUGGGGCACCAGGAGCACGUCGCGCUCCCAAGACUGGUCCCAACAGGAAGAGACAUUGGGGGAGCUCCGUGCCCAGGUUGGUAAACUACUGAUGGAGAAUGCCCAGCUGGCUUUACAUUCUGACAGCAUGAAGUCCAGAGCCGUUGCCAUCCAGGCCAGGUGUGAGACAGAGGAGCGCAACACCCGGCGUCUUGAGCAACAGGUCGCUCUGCUCAGGGACACGAAGAGGAAGGCAGAUCGGAGCAGCAUGGCACUGCAGGCGGAUGUUCACCGCUCCAUGACAGAGCUGCAGGAGAUGCACCAGGAGUUUGAGGCAGCCCAGGCUCUGCAGCUGCAGCGGGCCGGCUCCUGCGAUGCCCUGUUAGCAUCAACCACGGCAGCAGCAGCAGGCGGGGAGGAGGAGGAUGGCACAGGGAUGGAGCUCACUCGGCUCCUCGACAGAAUCAGAGCGCAGUGCGACCAGAACAGACUUCCCGGCCCAGGCGAGAGAGCAAAUCCAACUCGGGGCUUGGUCGGGCCUAGUCACUCUGGAGCAGGAGCAGGAGCAACACACAGAGGCGCUCUCAGUGAGGAGGAGGCAGCGUGGGCUCAGGUGAGCCUCGGCGGCGCUGCCCUGAGGGAGGCGCGGGCCGAACUCGCUGAGGCAAGGAAGCAGUGGCACUCCAUGCAGGUGGAGAUGGAGACCAUGCAUGCUUUGGAGAAAGGCCUGGAGAGGUCCUUGCACCAGACCCAGCGGAUGUACUCCAACCAGCUGCAGGACCUUUCUCAGGUGAUCGUCGGGCUGGAGAGGGAGCUGGAGCAGGUGAGGGGCGGACUGGCCACCCAGCGUCAGCGUCACAGCCAGCUCCUCAACACCAAGAUGAGGCUGGAGCGAGAGAUUGCCACUUACCGACGUCUGCUGGAGCGUGAAGAGGGCAGGUACAUGGGUCGGGAUGGGCAGCCGAUGGGUCUGCGACCCUGGAGGUCUUCGGUUGUGGAGCCGAAGGAGAAUGGGCUGGAGGACGGUUUCAGUGACCCUGCUCUUACUCCGGAUGAACCCAAGUCCGAGCCUCUGCCUGAAAUACCACCACUCCUCCCAGCAGAGAGUGGGCUAAAGAAAAGCAUACUGCGCAGGCAGCAAAGCCUUGUGAUACUCACGGAGCCGGAGCAAGAUGCAGACUUGCCAAUCUCCACUGUGAAGACUCAGGAGAUUCUUCAGGGCAACGUUGUGCAGGAGAGUGCCGAGGGUCACGGCACCAUUGAGACAGAGAAGUUUGACAAGGUGAUAAAGCAGUGGGAGGGCUCCUUCUUCAGGGGGAAUCCGAAGCUGCGGAAGAAGUCUGUGUCGCUGCGCUUCGACCUGCACAUGGCUGCCGCAGACGAGGGGUGUGCCCAGACUAAACAGGACAGCCUGCCCGACGUGGAAGUGUGUCUCAUCAUGAAGAGGUCUCGCAGCAUCCCAGCCAUCACAAACUGACUCGACAAUGGUCUGCAGAUGUAUGUGGUGAUACAGGUGAUGCGGAAGUUAAAGAAAUAGCAUCUGUGUCAUUGACAUCUGAGAUAUUACCAUUACCAACAUGCUUAAUAUGAAUUCCAAAUGACAACAGUCACUGAACUUCACCUCACAGCCGAUGACCGAAACGUAGAUUUCUCUCAUCAUUUUCCGCCCAUCGGGCUUUUUGCGCUGAUCUAAUGGGGCAAUUCUUUUGAAUUUCAGAAAGCCACCACAAAAUGAUCUGACGUACAUUCAUUACAUUAAAGAGGAUGGCAAUUUAAUAUGCAAGAAAAUAUUUCCCUGUCAUCUUUCUCGAUGAAGAAAACUCUCCGUCACUAUGUCAAUAUGAAGUCAAUUGACAAAAGAGAUUAUCUCGACCAAAUGACUCUGCUUAACUACAGCAUUUCAUUCUAAUUCACACUUGGUACAGGAAGCUGGGUGCACUGAUAGAUGGAGAGAAAUGGAGUCAGAGAUCACCACAAGCUGAUGUGAACUAAGGGUGGAUUUUUU